GUCAAAACUCAAAACAAACUCCUUCCUUAUAGUAUAGCGUACUACACAUAGUGAAAGUAUAGUAUUUUGAUUGUGAUGUGAGACAAUAGCGAAGAUUUGUUUUUUCGUUUGAAAAACCGCAUAUGCGUCUUGAUAGGUUACUAAAAUGAUAUCCCAUCCAACGUGGGUUGAUAAGGUCCAAGACAAAACAGAGCAAUGCAUUUAUGACCUCUGUUUCAAUCCAGAUGGAUCACAGCUGAUCGUUGCUGCUGGGAAUCAGGUUCUUGUCUAUGAAACUAUUGAUGGUGCACUUGUUCAACCACUCAAAGGUCACAAAGAUGUUGUCUACUGUGUUUGUUAUGCCAGAGAUGGCAAGAAAUUUGCAUCAGGCAGUGCUGAUAAAAGUGUCAUCAUAUGGACAUCGAAGCUUGAAGGAAUCUUGAAAUAUUCACACAGUGAAGCCGUUCAGGCGAUGCAGUUUAAUCCUGUUUCGCACCAACUGCUCAGUUGUGCACUUUCAGAUAUCGCAUUUUGGUCUGCUGAACAAAAGGCUGUUCAAAAAUUGAAAUCAGGGGGACGAGUCAAUUGUUGUGCCUGGACCAAGGAUGGGCAAUAUUUGGCUCUUGGGCUUGCCGUCGGAUAUGUUUCUAUAAGAAAUAAGAACGGAGAAGAAAAGACUCGGAUUGAGCGUGCAGGGGGGAUUCCAAUUUGGAGUUUAUCAUGGAGCCCGUUACGGGAUGAUGCUGUGGAUGUUUUAUGUGUCGCUGACUGGGACGGUGGACUAUCGUUUUACACAUUAGCUGGAAAAACAGUAAGCAGGGACAGGUCACUCAACUUCACUCCGCUAAAGGUCACUUACUUCCCCGAUGGGCAAUAUAUUCUCAUGGCAGGUAGCAACAAGCGUUGUUUAUUGAUGACCCAUGACGGUAUUCAGCUGGCUACAGUAGGCAAUACUUUUUCAUCGUGGGUCUGGAGCUGUGCAGUUCACCCACAAUCCUCACAUGUUGCUAUAGGAUGCCAGGAUGGAACCAUAACAUAUUCACAGUUGUCUUGGAACACGGUUCACGGUCUGUAUAGCGAUCGAUAUGCGUACAGAGAAAACAUGACCGACGUUAUAAUUCAGCACCUGGUAACAAAUCAGAAAGUUCGCAUCAAGUGCAAAGACUUGGUGUGUAGAAUUGCUGUCUAUCGCGACCGACUAGCUGUACAAUUACCCGAAAGAGUAAUCAUUUAUGAACCUUCCGGUAACAGCGAGGGAAUGCAUUAUAGGAUACGAGACAAACUUUCGCAAUCCUUGAAUUGUAAUCUACUAGUGGUCACUACGAAUCAUUUAGUAUUGUGUUUGGAUAAACGUUUACAAAGCCUUACAUUCGCCGGAGUAAUUGAGAGAGAAUGGAUUCUCGACAGUCCCAUCACCUACAUCAAAGUUGUCGGAGGUCCUGUGGGCCAAGAGUGUCUCAUCGCGGGUCUGAAAACUGGAUACGUCGCAAAAAUAUAUUUGGACAAUCCGUUUCCUGCUCAUCUUGCAAAAGUCGAAGGUGCGAUACGAUGCUUGGAUAUCAGCCCACUCAAGGAAAAAUUAGCGGUUGUAAGCGAGACAGGUGUCCUUAGCGUCUUCGAUCUGAACACAGAAGACAUAAUACGGGAAGUACAGGAUGUGAACAGCGUUGGAUUCAACAUCGCUUUCGAAGACAUGAUGUGCUACUCCGGAACGGAUUAUCUCGCGAUUAAAGUUGCUAAUUUCAACGAAUACAGACAGAAAUUCGCGGGAUAUGUCGUAGGACAUAACGGAUCGAAAUUGUACUGUUUGAACGGCGCAGCUAUUGUGACUCUAGAGGUACCGUUAUCGUCAUCAAUGUAUCAGUAUCUCGAAAUCGGAAAGUUCAACGAAGCAUUCGAAAUAGCAUGUCUCGGAGUUGCCGAGGGAGAUUGGCUUGCGUUGGGUACCGCUGCCUUGGAUCACUUGGAAUUGAAUGUUGCGUACUCCGCAUUUUCGCGGAUAAAAAAAUUACGGUACAUCGAUAUCGUCUCGGAAGUUGAGGAAAAGUUAAAUUCCGGGGAAUGGGGGCGAGAAGCUUGCAUGGCUACCGCUGCCGCAGCAAUGGGCAAGCUCCGAGAAGCAGCGAGACUGUAUCAGAAAGCUGGUUUACAGCAAUACGCUUUGAACAUGUAUUCGGAUCUGAGGAUGUUCGAUAUUGCCCAGGAGUUUAUAACUGGCGGUAACACACAGGAUCGGACAAUUUUACUGAGGCGAAGAGCCGAGUGGGCAAAAAGUUUGGGAGAACCACGGGCAGCUGCCGAAAUGUUUCUAACUGCUGGCGAUGUUCAACGCGCUAUUAAUAUCAUAGCUGAAUACGGCUGGAUUGACAUGCUCAUCAAAGUUGGACGACAAUUGGACAAGGCUGAGAGGGACAGUUUAUCUAUGAUAGCGAAAAAGUUACGACAACUGGGCGCUACUCACGGUGCCGCUGAAAUAUUCAGUCGCCUAGGGGAUGAUCCGGAUGUAGCCGAUGUUUUGAUCGAUGCCCAAGCAUGGCCUGAAGCUUUUGAGCUGGCGGAGAGAAAUCCAAAACUUAGAUCGCGUGUCUACGGACCAUAUGCAGGGUGGUUAGCUGAAACCGGUAGAUUUUCCGAGGCUCAAGAAGCGUUUCAAAUGGCUGGACAGCCCGAAGAAUCGAUUGCAGUUCUGACGUUAUUAGCAAAAAAUGCUGUCUCUGAAAAAAGAUUCAGAGACGCUUCAUACUUCUAUUGGAUCCUUUCCCAGUUGAGUCUCGAUUUGAACAAACAUACCGAAGAAAUAAUCGCCACGUUUCAGAUGUAUCACGACAAAGCUGAUAUAUAUUACGCAUAUAAUGAAGUAUACAAAUAUUUGGAAGAGCCUUUCACCUCGUUAAUGCCGGAAGCUUUGUUCAACAUCUCGCGAUACCUCCUCAUGAAAACGCAAGACAUUCAAGUGGAAGGUGUAUCGCAAUUCACCAUAACUUACACUCUGAUCAAACAAGCUCGGAUACUCGGUGCUCAUAAAUUGGUGACGCAGCUCUUUGAACGCCUGCGAGGAAUGAAGGUCCCUCCGAACCUUAUAUCUCAAGUAGAAAUAUCCACAUUGGCAGCAAGGGCCUAUCCGUACAGAGACCCGGAAGAACUUUUACCACUUUGCUACAGAUGCUCUACCUUCAAUUCACUUUUACCUGCCAAUAACAUAUUCGGCAAUAAAUGUGUCCAGUGUGGACUCAAAUUUCAACAUUCAUUUGUAAUGUUUGAGAUAUUACCUCUGGUUGAGUUUGAACUGGAAGAAGGCAUCACCGACGAAGAAGCCAAAAAACUAAUAGAGGAGCCUCGGCCUGCUUCUGACGGUUCCUCUAUGGGCGAUAAUCAACUUACCAUAUCUGAGACAGUUGCCGACCUAUUUACAGCUCGUCUGAUCCGAUACGAGGAUAAGGCUGGCGGGUCAUCGAUAACUGUUGGACGAGGUGUAUUGGCCAGUAUAGAGCCGUCCAGUGUACUAAUUGCCCAUUGGCCAAAACCAUUUAAAACAAGAUAUUUCCGAAACCUCUUGCCAGACCUCCAAAUAACGAUGUGCAAAUCGUGUCUAAAGCUGUUCCAUUCAGAUGACUACGAAUUGGCUCUGUUACGUCACGGCCACUGUCCAUUUUGUAGAACUUCUCCUAAUAGUGCAAAGCAAAGUAUACGAAAUGCGACAUGAAAAAAAUGAGAUUAAUAAAUAUUGUAGGAAUGAAAAUAUAUAAUAAAUCUAAUCUCUUUUGCAAAAUAA